AACAAAUGUGUAAGAGUUGUUACGGAGAAAUUUGUGGGAAGUGGACUAUACCAUAGUCAAUUACAGUAAAAAUCGGGCAAAAAUCGACGUAAAAAUCUCCAGGAUGUCUCGGCAAACUGGGCGGGGAACGGAGACCAAGAAAGUGAGUGCGGAGUUGUUUACGCUGACCUAUGGGGCCUUGGUGGCGCAGCUCAUUAAGGACUACGAGAGCGACGAGGAAGUCAACAAACAGCUCGACAAGAUGGGCUACAACAUCGGAGUGAGGCUGAUCGAGGACUUCUUGGCUCGUUCGUCCGUGGGGAGAUGUCACGACUUCAGGGAAACUGCCGACGUCAUCGCGAAGGUGGGGUUUAAGAUGUUCCUGGGCAUCACGCCGACUGUAGCCAACUGGAGCCCAGCGGGGGACGAGUUCUCGUUAGUUCUGGAUAACAACCCGCUAAAGGAGUUUGUGGAACUCCCAGACGGACACCAGAACCUGAACUACUCCAACCUGCUGAGCGGGGUCCUCAGGGGCGCUCUCGAGAUGGUCCAAAUGGAGGUAGAUGUGACGUUUCUCCAAGACGCCUUGAAGGGCGACAACACCACAGAAAUUCGUCUUAAGUUCAUCCGGAGACUAGAAGACGCCUUGCCGGCAGGGGAGGAAUAGAACAGACAUCUCCAAGGAGUCGGUUCCAAGGAGUUGGUUAUUCUGGACCAGUAUGUUACUAGGGUAUCAUUCAGGAUCUACAGUGGGUUACUUAUAGCUUUGUUAAACAAGUAUGUCGUCGGCAGAAUAUACUGUGCCUGCAUGAAAGUCGUAAUGGAUUGUGCAUAGGACCUCGGCAAAAUGUCUCUUUUGAUGUUGUGUCGGGAAAGAAGUUAUGUGCAACUGGCAAAAGCUAUGGUAGCCACACAUCCAACGCAAACCGUUCUGCUCAGCACAGCACAUUCUGCCGACAUACUAGAUGUACAAAUGUAGAGUAUAAGAUGAGCAAAGAUUGAAUAGAAUUCCUAUCAUUGACCCAUAGCACCAUACUGUACGUACAGACAUACAGGAGAAUGGUAUGUCCAUAUGAUACAUUGUCACUUUUACCUUUAGCCUGCUAAGGCAGCCUUUUGGCAUCAAAUCUGUAUUAGUUAAGGGUUAGGCAGCAGGGGGAAGGUUAACCAUUAGAUGACUAAGGUAGACAUUUGGCACCAAAUCUGUAUUGGUUAUAGGGUUAGGCAGCAGGGAGAAGGUUAACCAUUAGAUGACUAAGGUAGACAUUUGGCACCAAAUCUGUAUUGGUUAUAGGGUUAGGCAGCAGGGAGAAGGUUAACCAUUAGAUGACUAAGGUAGACAUUGCACCAAAUCUGUAUUGGUUAUAGGGUUAGGCAGCAGGGAGAAGGUUAACCAUUAGA